AUGGAUGACCCUGCUGUCCGACUGCGAAAGUCAACCAAGAUCAGUCCCGGCAUGGAGGGCACCUUCAACACAAACUCGCUAGCCGAAGAACACGAGGCAUUACUGAGGGAAGAGCAGCAUACUCAACGCGACACUGUUGAGCAGAAUGGCUCGGGACUGCGUGACGGGGACCACUCCGAAUCGCGCCGUACGUCUCCAGGCAGCUCUGUUCUGCGGUUGGUAAAGACGGUUCUGGGAUGCAGCUACUCUAAUCUGCUUCUGCCAUUUGUAUUUCUGGGGAUUACAGCGGGGAAUCUGGGGUGGGAUGAUUCCAUUGGUUUCGUGUUCAAUUUCUUGGCCAUCCUUCCCCUGGCGGCUUUACUUUCUUUUGCUACCGAGGAGUUGGCCAAGAGCGUUGGGCAAACUGUUGGAGGAUUAAUAAAUGCGACAUUUGGAAAUGCUGUGGAAAUGAUUGUGGGGAUUACCGCGGUCAGACAAGGUGAAAUCAAUAUCGUCCAGUCUAGUAUGGUUGGAAGCAUUCUUUCGGGCAACCUCCUGAUUCUUGGCGUGUCUCUUUUUUGCGGCGGCAUUUCAAAAGAAGCUGUAACAUUCAAUGUGGAUGUCAGUGGAAUUUUGUCAUCUUUGAUGGUCGUGUCUUCUGCCUCACUGAUCAUCCCAUCGGUGCUCUAUUCGACUAUCUCAUCCAAGUCACCCGAUGUGGAGCAGAGCGUGUUGAGUCUCUCCCGUGCCGCUUCGGUUGUACUGCUCACAUUCUACCUUGUUUAUCUCUACUUCCAACUUAAAAGUCACUCUGAGUUAUUUGUUGAUGAUGAACCAGAGGAAGAGGAAGAGCAAGUCCUCGGCCCCUGGGCUGCCAGUAUUGUCUUGAUCCUCGCUACGCUCGGUGUCACCGUCUGUUCUGAUUGCCUCGUUGAGAGCGUGGAUGGCUUUGUAGAGAAAUGGCAUGUGAGUCGGGCGUUCAUUGGUCUGAUUGUCGUACCAAUUGUCGGCAAUGCGGGUGAAUUCAACACGGUCGUCAACUCUUCGCUGAAAGGAAACAUGGACCUCGCUAUUGGUGUGGUCGUGGGAAGCACUUUACAGAUCGCUCUGUUCGUGAGCCCAUUCCUAGUAAUUUGCGGCAUGAUCAUUGGACAGCCAAUGUCACUACGCUAUAGUCCCUUUGAGACGGUAGUAUUCUUCUUGUCUGUUAUCGUGAUGGACUGCUUGAUUCGAGGCGGUCGGUCCAAUUACUACGAGGGGUGUUUGUUGGUUGGAACAUAUCUCAUCAUUGCAAUUGCCUUCUACGUGCAUCCAGAUGCAAUCGACUCGCCAUUGGUGUGA